AUGACGAGUCUCACCGCUACCGUGUCAACGCCGGCACAGGUGCCGCGCGUGCCCAUCCCCGCCAACGGAGUCGACUAUCGCGGCAAGAUUGUCCUCGCACCCAUGGUUCGAUCAGGCGAACUCCCAUCGCGUCUCUUAGCUCUACACUACGGCGCCGACCUUGUCUGGGGCCCUGAGACAAUCGACCGCGCUCUAAUCGGUGCUGUACGACAAGUGAAUCCGCGCAACGGCACUGUCGAAUUUACCCGCUACCCCUCCAACGGCGGCCGCACCGAAAAAGCAACAAAGGCAUCUGUCAUCUACCGCAUCGACCCAGCCCGCGAGAAAGACCGUCUCGUCUUCCAGCUCGGUUCUGCCGAGCCUGAACUCGCCGUUCAAGCCGCCCGCGUCGUCGCCGGCGACGUCUCCGGCAUCGAUCUGAACUCCGGCUGCCCCAAGCCCUUCAGCACACACUGUGGCAUGGGUGCCGCUCUCCUCAAAACCCCCGACAAGCUCGUCGCCAUCCUUGAAGCCCUCGUCCGCGAAGUCGGCACCCCCUUCAACAUUGGCAUCUCCGUCAAAAUCCGCAUCCUCUCCACCGCCGAAGAAACCGAAGCUCUCAGCUUAACCGUCCACUGCCGCACAACCCCCAUGCGGCCGCGCGAGCGUGCAAUCCGCGACCAACUCCGCAUGAUCGCCGACAUCUGCCACAAAGCCGGCGUCGCGUGCGUAAUGAAUGGCGACGUAACAAGCCGGGACGAAGGGCUUGCGCUGAUGCAGGAAUACGGCGUGGACGGCGCCAUGAUCGCCACCGCUGCCGAGGCGAAUUCCUCAUGCUUCCGCUCCGAGGCGGCCGGCGGACUCGCGGACUGGGAUGAGGUCGCACGUGAGUACAUGCGCUUCUGCAUCGAGAGCGAGAACAAGUUCAAUAACACCAAGUACCUGCUUAACAUGCUUGUGCCCGGGAAGCACAAGGAGUUCCGGAAGCCGGAGAACAGCCGCACCUACGCCGAUACAUGUCGGUGUCUGGGCUUCGAGGAGCUUAUCCCCGCUGCCAUUCCGCUAGAUGAGCGGCUGGGGUUGGCAGAGCGGUGGUCGGAGAAGUGGCUGGAGCAACCGGAGGAGAAGAAGCAUAGUGAGGAGAAGGCCAAGGCUGUCCAAAAUGCUAUGCAGAAUAAUGAGACGGCUCGGGCUGCGGGCGGGGAGACGAGGGUUAAGUCUACGCCUGUGCCGGCGCAUACAGGUGGUCCAAUUCGGACUACGUCGAAGCCUGCACCUGUGAAGACUGGGAAGCCGAAGGGUCCUGAACCGGAGGGCCCGGCUGAUCUUCCUGUUCCUUCUGAGGUUGUUCAACAGUCUCAGGUGACGGCGUAG